GUUACAGUCGUGCUACAGAACGCAGGAUAUACAUCCAAUGGUAGUGCUAAUGUUCUCACUGCUUUCUGCUUACUACACGGAACCUAGUAUGGUCAACAUGGCGGUACAGUGCAAAACAUCACCAGUUCAGGCACUUCGAGUUGUGAGGCGCAGGAUAAUAUAUCGAUGAUAGGUCGCAGGUCAUCAGACUGUGAUAAGGAUAAGUCCAAGACCGUCGCUGAGGUACUUGUGCCAGACGAUCACCUGCCCGCGACAUUGUUGAAGCUGGUGGAGGAUGACGCGGUGACGACUGGAACACUUGAUCAGCACUUAAGCCCGUAGGUUUGAUCACCACUUCAGAAGGCUACAUGGAGGAUUGCGAUGUUGUUUUUUUUGUUCGGAAUAUACCGCGAGAUCAUUAUAGGAACAACCGUCUUCCUCGAUUUGGGCGGGGGUGCCUCUCACACACAUAACGCGCGACGUCUGCCAUCAGAACAACCUGUGGCGUGCUCCCCCCUGUCAGUUGCUGAGGCAAGGUUAAGUUGUGAGGAGGGGUAUAAAUAUCAGGUUACCGGUGGGGCCGAAAUCGUAAAACACUUGGCUGGAAAAGGUCGACGAAUCAGACGUGGGUUAGUGAAUGUUUGGAAUGGAGUAACCCGUGUGCUGCGCUCGUGUCGUGUCGCAAUACAGGGAAUACACUAAACACCGCAGAUUGCGGGAUUUUAU